CCCCCAACCCUCCCCCAGCUUCGCAUCCCAUUUGACAGGCGCGCCCUGCUCUCUCUUUUUUCCCCCGGCAGCCUCGCGCCGAGGGGGUUGGGCAUCAGCCGCCGCCACCGCCUCCUCCUCUUCUCCUUCUCCAAGGCCGCUGCUCGCCCCGGCUCCUUCCUGCUCGCCUUGCACGCCGCGAAGCGCACGAAGAUGGCGGCUCAGAGCCUCCUGGCCCGCUUUGCUCGCUGCCUGCCCGGCUCCGGCACGGCGCAGCUCCUCCGUCGAGCCCCGGCCAAGAGCUGUGGCUGCUAUUUUUCAACAAGCAGCUGCCACAAUACCCAGUUUUAUAAUGAUCCGGUGGAAGCAAUAAAAGACAUACCCAAUGGGGCCACUCUCCUCGUUGGUGGUUUUGGGCUCUGUGGCAUCCCUGAGAACCUCAUAGGAGCACUGUUGAAGACUGGUGUAAAAGGGAUAACCGCUGUCAGUAACAAUGCAGGGGUAGACAAUUUUGGGCUGGGACUCUUACUCCAAACGAAGCAAAUCAAGCGCAUGGUGUCGUCCUACGUUGGGGAGAACGCAGAGUUUGAGCGGCAGUAUUUAUCUGGAGAGCUGGAGGUUGAGCUUACGCCACAGGGCACCCUGGCUGAGCGCAUUCGAGCAGGAGGAGCGGGCAUCCCAGCUUUCUUCACCAGCACGGGGUACGGGACUUUAGUGCAAGAAGGAGGGGCUCCGAUCAAAUACAACACAGACGGUACUGUUGCCCUUGCCAGCGAGCCCAGAGAGGUGAGGGAGUUUGAUGGGCGACACUAUAUUAUGGAAAAGUCGAUAACGGGGGAUUUUGCGCUAGUGAAGGCGUGGAAAUCUGAUCGUGCUGGGAACAUUAUCUUCAGGAAAACUGCAAGAAACUUUAACCAGCCCAUGUGUAAAGCUGCCAGAACAACUGUAGUAGAGGUAGAAGAAAUUGUGGACGUUGGUUCCUUUGCCCCAGAAGAUAUUCAUGUCCCCAAGAUCUAUGUCCAUCGUCUCAUCAAAGGGGGAAAGUAUGAAAAAAGAAUCGAGAGGUUGUCGCUACGCAAAGCUGAAGAUAGCAAAGGCAAGCAGAAGAAAGAUAGCGAUAACGUAAGAGAGAGGAUCAUCAGGCGAGCGGCCCUUGAAUUCGAGGAUGGCAUGUACGCUAACCUGGGUAUUGGAAUCCCACUGCUUGCCAGCAACUUCAUCAGUCCAGAAAUAACUGUUCAUCUACAGAGUGAAAAUGGAGUCCUUGGCUUGGGACCUUACCCAUCUGAAAGCGAAGUUGACCCUGACCUCAUCAAUGCAGGCAAAGAGACGGUCACCGUGCUUCCAGGGGCUUCCUACUUCUCUAGCGAUGAAUCUUUUGCAAUGAUUCGAGGGGGACAUGUUAAUCUGACAAUGCUUGGAGCGAUGCAGGUGUCUAAAUAUGGUGAUCUAGCCAACUGGAUGAUUCCUGGUAAGAUGGUGAAAGGCAUGGGAGGCGCCAUGGACUUGGUGUCCAGCUCAAGAACUAAAGUGGUCGUCACUAUGGAGCACUCUGCAAAGGGCAACGCCCACAAGAUUUUGGAAAAAUGCACUUUGCCAAUUACGGGAAAACAGUGUGUGAACCGCAUCAUAACAGAAAAGGCUGUGUUUGAUGUCGACAAGAAAAAGGGACUGACGCUGAUUGAAAUCUGGGAAGGGCUGUCCGUGGAUGACAUCAAGAAAAGCACUGGGGCUGAGUUCACAGUUUCGCCAAAGCUCUCGCCAAUGAAGCAGAUUUCGACUUGAAAAGUUGACUGGGCUUAACAUCCACGCUUCCAGCGAAGGGGAAUCAAAUGUCUGUUUUGCAAUUAUGCAUUUUAAAGAGGUCUUUGUAAAGUAGUUUCUUCGGUAGUUAGCGUUCAGGCUGACUAUGUAACUAGAACUAUGUAAAUGUUUAUUCGCAAGCAACAGUGCAGUUUCCAAAAAUAAAUCCUAGCUGGUACCUAGAUAUUUAUAAUUGCCACACUGCAGGUUUGACUGCAAAUAAACGCUGGCAAGAGACAAUAGCCUGUUUUGGAUGAUCCUAUCUUGGUUUAUGAAGCGGAGAAACACACAAGCCUUUUCUUGGAGCAUGCGCAAGCCACAAAUCACCCAGAAAGUCUUUAGUUAGCCAAAGUUUCCUUCCUAUGAGCAAGCCAGGAUCUUCAGCCACAGCAUGGCUUGAGAUCUUGAGUUGUUCCAAAGCUGGUAGCCAUAGUUUCCUGGUUUGGAUGAAACGGGUGACUGUGGUUCAAUAGAAGCUCCAUGCUUUGCUGCGCAAAUGGGCUACAGGUGUGGGCAACAGGCUUAUGCAGAUCUCUGCUUAAGCCGAGAUAGGAUCAAACACAUCCAAUCCCUUGUAGAUGUGAACGUUAAUACUGUAACUCUGUAUGGAGGCAGAGGUCACUUCCACGCACAGAACAUGCUAAUUUGCAAGUGCCUGUACGGUAGGCUGCAACUGCGCACACACAAAGAGGUACAGGACAAGUUGUUGGUUUUCAAACAUGUAAAUAAUCAGAUGUUUGGAUAUUCAGGAGUUCUACUUACAGAAGUUUGCAUAGCUAAAAACCUGGGCAGGGGGAGCUGUUUAUAUUCUGUAAUUGAAAGUCCGUGUUUUGUUAAACUACCAUGUUUCUGGUCUUCAGGGCUGCAAAGACAGGCUUGGAAGUCUGUGGGCUCUUCCUGCUGAAAUCUCAGAAACCAAGGAGAGACAUUGGCAUUUGAGAUUUCCAGCAGUAAGGGAAUUGGGUUUUGUGCUCUGCGUUAACUAACUCCUUCCCCUUCUUCAUAAAUAGCACUUAGGACACUUUUGUGUUGAAUUUUCAGAGUAGCAGUAAAUGAAAUGCUAGCAGAAUGAGGUAUGCAAAAUAAACAGAGGGAUGGAAAUUUAAUUUGCAUAAAUUAUGCAGGCCACAGAAUGCAGCUGUACUUUAUACAAAAUUUGGGUUACCUUGGCAUAGGAUUUUCAUUAUUUAAGUUCUGAGUAUAGACAGCCCUAGGUUGCAUAGGAAACAUACAGUGAGUUGAUAAGCUUUCAGAUAAUGGAAGUUUGUUGAAAUGGAAGCCAUUGUCCUGCUCUCAUGGUUAAUUUUUUUAAAAAACUGACUUCUUAAUAAAUGCAUACAGAGUUGCAUGAGUA